AUGUACGGUACACGAUCACGACGUCCACUGCCACCACGUCCACUACCACCGCGCCCACUGCCACCACGUGCAGGUGCUGCUGGUGGUGCUGGUGCACUUGGUGGAGUAUUAGGUGGCUUAGGUGGUGCUAUCACUUGUCUCUGCUGUCUUUCAGCACUUGGUUUAAUAGGUCUAUGGGCAACUUUCAUUCCAUUUGUGGCUUUCUUCAAAUACGCAUGGGAUCAAGAAACAAGAGCUUUUGGUGGUAGUUCAAGCAUUCAAAAUCUUCAACAAAUCGUUUUUCUUCUUGCAAUCUGUCUGUUAACAAUUCGUUUUGCCAGACGACAGGUUUCUACAUAG